AUGUCCGCCCCGCGCCCGGGCCACGUCAGCCGCCGAGGGGAGCGGCGGAGGCGGCCGCCAGGCUCCGCCCUGGCCCGGCCCGAGCACAGCGCCCGCCCCGCCGGGUCCCUCCCGGCCCCUGUCCCCUCCCGGCCCCUGUCCCCUCCCGGCCCCGUUCCCUUCCCGGCCCCUGUCCCCUCCCGGCCCCGGUUUGUCGCCCCCCGGCCGUCCCUCCCGCCCCUAGCGGGGCCGAGUUCGGACACAUUUAUUCUCGAGCCAGGGCCUCAGCCGGGCCCUGUCAGCCCUCGCGGCUCCGAGAACUACCCGCCCCAGCGUGCCCCGCGUCGGGGGGAGGGGGGCGCCUACAACUCCCAGCACGCCCCGCGCCGCACGGACUACAGCUCCCAGCGCACCCCGCGGCUCCGCUGGUGGUGCCGCCGGUACCGGCGGGCAGCGGCCGCCCUGGCGGAGGGGCUCCCGCAGGGUUCGGGGCGCAGCGCGCCGCCGCCGGCCCGGAGGCCCCCCGGCGGCUCCCGGAGGAGCGGCGGCGGCUUCAAGUCCCCGGUCCCAGCCCCAGCCUCCUGCCGCCCUCCCGGGGCCACCGGAGAAGCCCUGCACCAUGAGAUCGAGGAGCUGCGACAGAGGGAGCUCGCUCUGGACCAGGAAAUUGCCCAGCUGAUGUCCGAAGGCUACCGCCUGGAGGAGUUGGAGGAACACAUCGCUCUGCUCCACGAGUAUAAUGAUAUUAAAGAUGCCGGACAGAUGCUGCUGGGCAAGUUGGCUGUUAUCCGAGGGGUUACUACAAAGCAGCUGUACCCUGAAUAUGAUUUGGAGCUCAGUGACUAGCAGUGAACCAGAAGACUGCCGUAUCCUGCAAAGCUGACUGUUACUGGCCCGCUUUGAGCUGUCACUCCUGUUUAGAACCAGCACAAAGUUGCCUCAGAUGUGUGUGUAAAAUUUCAGGAGCGCUGUUAACAGCCUUGUUCUAAGAGGCUUUGGAAUGCCAAAUUAUUCAUCUCAACUGGUUCCUGCUUGUGGGAAGGGGUGUUGGAGAUGGGGACUCUGGGUAAAUUUGGUUUUAUAUGCUACCCGACCAACGCUAUUUUUAUUUCUUAUUGGAAAUGUAAUUCAAGGUUGGUGCUAAGACUGUUCCCAUCGAGCUUUUGUUUCUCUUCAACAUCCAGGGUCUGUUUGGGUCCAAUCUGCAGGUGGAAGCAGCUACUGCUGAAUGGACAGAGGAAGUGAGGGCGUACGAAUGCGCAAUGUAGUAGCUGCUUUGAAGGAAAAGAGAAACCCUCUGAAACAGUGAGGGUAGAAGGUCAAAGUUGUUUGGUUUUGUUUUGCUUUUUAGGAUUGGAUCUGGAGAAGUCUUGAGUGUUUUAUGUUUUUGUACUUCACCGCUCAGGUAUCUAGAGAUUUUUGUAUUGAUUCUAUAGUAAAAGGUGAAGUUGUCCUGAACUAUCCAGUCUGAAUAAAGCAGCUCUCACAUC